ACCCCGUCAGAUGCGUCAGACGAGCCGCGGCUGUAGGAGAGACUGAAGAAGAGGGGGAUGGGGAGAAUUGUUUUUGUGUUGCAUUCCUGCAGUGUGUUUGACCUUUGACCUCGUUGUUGUGUUCUCCUCGUCUUGCAUUCCAAACUAAGGAUUUCCUGCAGUAUGCCAAAGGCUGCUGGGGCUCGUCUGUUCUUCGCCCAGUCUCUGUUUACCACUAUUUGACCAGCGAGACGAUACAAAAACUCUCUGGAACGCCGCCACUGCAAUAACGGAUCAUUUUUCGGGCGAGCAGUUUUACGGAAACGUGUCCGUGUUUGAGCUGAGCGACUACGCAAGUACUUGAGGCGAAAGGGAAUCAAAGACCCCGUUUGGUGUUGCAGAUAGCCUAGCACGCUAGCGGGCUUGCCGUAUAUUACGCACACGUUUCAUAUCCGCUGCAGAAAUCCGCACCCGCGCUACAACGCUGAGGAAAUGAAGGACAAACAGAAGAGAAAGAAAGAGCGCACGUGGGCAGAGGCAGCUCGUAUGGUUCUGGAGAACUUUUCUGAUGCCCCAAUGACACCCAAACAGAUUCUGCAUGUCAUCCAAACAAAGGGGCUCAAAGAAAUGAGAAGCGGCACAGCUCCACUGGCCUGCCUGGUCACCAUGCUCCACUCUCAGGUCAGAGGUGACCGAGUGAAGAACAGUAUUUUCUUCAAGCUUCCUGGAAGGAUGAGUUUGUUUACCCUAAAGAAAAAUGCACUUCAGUGGACAAAGAGCCCAACUGCAAAUGAGUCUGGAGAUGGGACUGGCACUCCAACAGCAUCCACCACAUCAACAGUUGAAGGAGCAGAGCAGGAGAGUUGUGACUCCACAGAGACAGCUGCUGCUAGUGGUGAAAAUGAUGCCUCUGUGGAUGAGACUUCCUCCAGUGCCUCUUGCUCCACAGAACCACAGACAAGGCUCAGUCGCUCCUCACAGUCAGGGAGACAGAGGAAGAAAGCUGUGAUGAUGCCCCGUGUAGUGCUCACUCCUCUCAAGGUCAACGGUGAACACGUCCCAUCAGGAGCAGCGGGGAGGCGCAGGGAAGGCUCUAGGGGGGGUCCAGGCCCCACUCUCCGUACCCGCUCCGAGCUGGGCUGGAAACGCACCCAGCACUUCAAGAGCGUACGUGGUCUUCGUUCAGGUCCAAUGAAAAGGAAUCGAGGGGGUGUUGAAGUGGAUUUUGAGACUCCAGGCUCCAUACUAGUUAACACCAACAUUCGUGCUCUAAUCAACACACGCACCUUUGCUGCUUUUCCUCCUCACUCCCAGCAGCAACUGCUCCAGCUUUUACCAGAGGUGGACAGACAGGUUGGCCCCGAUGGCCUUGCUCGGCUAAGCAGCUCGGCCCUCAAUAAUGAAUUCUUCACUCAUGCUUCCCAGAGCUGGAAAGAGCGACUAGCUGAGGGUGAGUUCACACAUGAGAUGCAGGUUCGCUUUAGGCAAGAGAUGGAAAAGGAGAAGAAAGUAGAAGCAUGGAAAGAGAAAUUCUUUGAGGAGUACCAUGGUCAAAGGUCUGGGUUGACGAGAGAAGAGGCAUUAAAGCUCACAAUGAGUGAUGCUGGAGAUGUUGCCGGUGCAGUUCUUGACUCUGACUCUGCUACAGUGGCUACACCCAAGAGGCGAAGUGUUGGAAGAAGACGAAGGGAAGGCCGUAUCAGACGGCGUUCACGGGCUGACCUCAGGCGCAGGGCUCGGCGCACACUUUGCAAAACUACAACAGCAGCUGUACCUUCAGCAGAGACGACAGAGAGCACUGCAACUCCAGAUGUUGAACCAUCAGUUGCAUCACCAGUCCCAGAAGCAACAGCAGUUCAGGGAGAGGUGGUCCUUCAAACAGACUUCGGACUGGAAGCUCCAGAAGAAAACCUUUCUGCAGAGGCAAUCCCCUCCCCUGCUCCUGUACCCACACCUCCUCCAGCUUCUACAAGCUCAACCUGCGAUGAACCAGAAGUCUCCACUGACCUGUUGCCUGAAGUACCUGAACCAGCUGUUGUAUCCACCUCCUCUCCUUCCUCAUCCUCCUCUUCAACAUCAUCAUCAUCAUCAUCGCCCUCUUCUUCUCCCUCCUCGGCCUCAGAAAGACAGACUUUUGCUGCAAGCUCAGAUUCCUCUUCUUCCUCUUCCUCCUCCACUGCUGCUGUUGCCACUGACCCGCUGGAUGAUGGGGCUUCGGUCAUUACCACUGGUACAGCAGGCACUGGUGCAAGCAGCCGGGAGAGCAGCCCUGCAGCCAGUCCUGCCACAGCAAGUCCAGCAAUUCAGCUCAAGGAGCAUAAGAGAAGACCAGAUGAGUCCCAGGCCUUCACCAGCUUUCCCGAGAAAAGGGCGCGGAUGGAUGAGCGUCAGUCCUUUCGUAACACAGUUGACUGUGUGCACUCAGAAAAGCCACAACCUACAACAGAGGAGCCCAAGGUCCCGCCAAUCCGGAUACAGCUCUCCCGGAUCAAACCGCCCUGGGUCAAAGGGCCGCCAACGUACCAAAUCUGUCCCCGCAUCGUCCCCCCCAGCGAAGGGUCGCGGCGCUCUGGGACAGGGGCGCGCACCCUGGCGGACAUCAAGGCCCGUGCCCAGCAAGCCCGUGCCCAGCGGGAAGCCGCUGCUGCUGUUGCAGCCUCUGGGGAUGGGGGAGGGCCUGGGGGGAGCGGCCCGGGGGGUGGUCUUGGGAUACCGGAUCGCUCCAGCGGGAGGCGUUCAAGAGAGCACCCAGGUCCAGUUGAACCAGGAGGAGGAGGAGGCAGACGAGCAAGAGUUGAUUUGGAGGAGCAGGAAUCGCCUGCGAGCUCUCAUUCGUCUGGAGCACAACUACAGCUAUCCAGUGUAGAUUCAACAGACAGGCCUCAAACCUCCACCCCACUGACCGAACCAUCUCCUUCCUCUGUGUCUUCAAACCCAUCUCUACCACCAUCAGAGUCUCCGAAAACACUUACACUAUCACCUACUGCAACCGACAGCCCUGCUUCUCAGGAUCAGGUGGAAGAGAUUUGUGGAGUGGAAGAGGUGACUGCCUGCCCAAGUGAUGAAGCCUCAGAGCAGACCUUAGACACCCCAGUGCCUACACCAAGUGAACCGGAGUCUUUUUGCAGUCACCAAGAGAUGAGAGGUGAGGAGGCAGAGUCCAAUGAGAGCAGAACAAAUACUCCUGUUUGCACCUCCGCAUCAAAUGAUGCUGUUUCGUUAGUGCCCACCUCUAUACCAGACUCGGUGCCCAGAUUUGGUGCCCAGGGUGUGGAUGUCAUCAGGACUUUGGCAGCUUCUUCUCAACCCUGGGAAGGUGACAAGAAUGGUGUUGAGCAUCACCCAGGGACAACUGGAGUUAUCCAGCAUGGCUCAGACUUGAAAAUAUCCAAAGAGACACUUAUUACAGUCCGAAAUGGAUGGGUAGAAAGUAGUGAAGAGCAUUCAAUGAGAGAGGGGAUGCUCCAAGUUCAUAAGAAUGGAGGAGAUGAUGAUGAUGAUGAUGAUGGCAAAUAUGAAUCAGCCUCUUUGCCUUGUCUACAAAGUAAUGGUGGCGAAGACGACACUGGAGCACACAGUGAUUCUACAGAAACAGCAUCUGAUUUUGAAAAUGAAGCUCAAGAUGAUGAAACGGUGGACUGGCAUGGAACCCAGAUGAAUAGUAAUGGCAUGCAAGCUCAGAAUACAAAGUCACAGAAUCAACCUGUCAUUCAGAACUCAAGUCGACUCACUUCAUCGAUGGUGAAUACUCCUCAACACCAGCAACCAGUCAUACAGGCCCAUAUAUCUAACCCCAACCAUACUCAAACUGUCAUUCAGGCUCGUUUCCCUAAUGGUGUGUCAAACCAGCCUGUUAUUCAUUCCCACAAGCAGCAUCCAAUUCAUUCCCAAGCUAUAAACCAUGCUCAGGACCAGAUUACCACUGCACCCUCACAAGCUCAAAUGCAAGCUUACCUGACACAGACCGAGAGGGACCAAAGUAGAAAUCUACGGCUGAAUGAUAAUAGCAAUGGUGUGAAGCUGUUUGUUUCAACAGAGGAUGACACCAAACCUCUCAGCAGAGGGCCUGGAGAAGAUUUUGUUUUAAAAAAUUCUGCAGUUCCUUCCAUUGGCAGAAGAGUCCAAGGUUCAUCUCGACCAGUUUCCUCUGUAGAGGCAAACAACCCUCUUGUCACCCAACUUCUUCAAGGCAGUCUACCCUUAGAGAAGGUCUUGCCACAGCCUCACUUGGUCAGCAAGCUGGAAAUUAAUCGACUUCCAGGUGCCCCUGCAGGUAACUCAGCCAGUCGUCAACCUCCGAGAAAUCUGGGACCACGUUUUAGAGGCCCGUCUGAUGCAGGAGGAUCUAUAGAAACUGGUGGCUCUGACUUCCAGCACAAAGCCCCAUCCACCCGAGUGUCUCCUGGACCUGGUCGGAACUUUGGUACUUCACCACCAGGUUCUAUUCCAUCUCGAAUGGCAUGCUUGUUUGAGGAAGCUAGCCCAAGAUCGGCAAAUGUUCAGUUCACUUCUCAACAACCAGGAGGUGCAAUGCCCUCAGGAGCAGUGCCUGUCAUAACAUCCCUCCCUUCAAACUCCUCUGCUAGAACCUCAAUUGAUGUAAACUCUCAGAAUGCUCCAGUUUAUGAAUCAGCUGUCAUUAAGGAGCACCCUGGACCUCUUCCUCCAAGGGGUGAAACUCCAGAGAGGCCAGCUGGCUUUCAACAGCAUCCUAACCACCUCUCCCAGUCUGUGUGCAGAACCGCACCUGAUGCUCCCUCACCUCCCAAUGGCGACCUUUGUCCGUCGGAGGUUGUACCUACCAUUAAGAUUAACUGGCGCCCAAGCAAGCCCCAACCACCUCAGCAUCAGACCUAUCAACAACCGCUCUCUCCUGUAGGUACAGUAAAAAAUGAAGUCUUGCCACGCCCUUCAUGCCAACAAGCUCUGACCAAAAACUCACCUGCUCCAAACGGUGGCAAUACUUCUGUUGUAAUAACCAAAAAGGAGUCUCUGGACAAUUUUCAUGGAGGUGGUGGAGCUAUGGAAGGACUGAUAAAUAUGGAAAUGUCUCUUGUUAGAAUGGCCAAGAAGGAACAAGUCAAAAAUCCAUAUACCCGCCAAGUAGAGACCUCCGCUUCUCCAAUCUCCUCAUCCCCUUCCUCAUCUGCCUCCAGUCUCCCAUACCAGCUAUAUGGCAAACUACCAAAACUACAGCAGAGUGGGGGCAACGGUGGGUGUUCAUCCAGCUUUAGUUAUACAGCUAAUGUUUCCGUGGUGGACAGUAGCGGGUUCUCCCGCAGUUUAGCCGAUGGUGUGCUGCAGCUAAGGCCACGUGUGAGCGUCGGCAACAGUGGAGGAUCGGGUGCUACCCUUAGCAUUCAGGCAUUUGCGGACAGUGCUGCAGAAGAAGUGGCUCUCAAGUGUUCCUGCCGUCUUAAGGCUAUGAUCAUGUGCCAAGGCUGUGGCGCUUUCUGCCAUGACGAUUGCAUUGGCCCCUCAAAACUGUGUGUGUCAUGUCUGGUUGUCAGAUAGUUUGUUGCAGUUCUUUCAAACUGAGCCGUUAAAUCAGAGCAAAUGCUUUGACCACUCCAGACAAUUCUAGCCCUUAGCCUGUGACUGGAACCCACCGGAAGUCUUGGACUCUUGUGAGCAAAGAAUGAGGCUGAACACUGCAGUGUUUAAAUGGGUCAGAUUAUUAUUAUAAUUUUUUUUUUUUUUUCUUUUUUUUUUUUUGAUGGGCCAGGCAAUACAGUAGGGCUGGAAGAAUACUUGUAAGAUAAAAUUCAGUCUGUAUUUUUGUUGCAUAUUUUUUUCUAUUGCUGUUAUGAUGGUGUUAUUAUUAAUAUUAUUAUUAUUAUGAUUAUAAUAAUAAUGAUAUUGUUGUUAUUAUUAUUAUUGGUAUUAUUGCGUGAAUUUACAUGGCACGGUUGAUUGUAAAUUGUGCCUUUUUUUUUCCCCCAACAAAACAUUUACCUCAUCUGCUUGACACCAGUCAUCAGUUCAGUGUGAAAAUGGUGGCAUUCCUGGUUGUUUUCUUCUCUUGAUGCUUUUCUGUGAAGAGAGCUUUAGGAGAAUUUUGUGUGUAAUGUCUUGCAAAGAAAUAUUUUUUUAAUCAUUAAACAAGAAAAUACAUUUUUGUUAUUUUGUAAGUGCUUUAACUCUCUUCUUUUUUGUUUCCAUUUUUAUUUUCUUAUUCAAAGUGAAGUCCAGUCUGUACUUGGCGGUUAAGCACAGUAUUCAAAUCUAAUAAAGCUGAAAGUGAGCGUA